UAUGUUCCUCUAGACUGCUGGUUUUUCAUGGCCCUAUUAUUCUCAAGGUAAUUAACCUUAAGACAAAACUCGAGAGGGAAACAAGUUAAAAUCCUUAUACCUUUUCUACUUUCUUGGCAUAUCCUUGGACCCGGAGUUAUGCAUUUCAAUCUGGUGAAAAAAAAACAUGUCCGUGGAAGUGUGAUAGGUUGUAGGUUGAUUGGGCUGCAAAUUAAUGUUUCUUUCCUGUGUUCUAUUCCUAAGCAAUGCCCACGACCCCAAGAUUGGUAUCGGUUUGGACAAUAUCAAUAGAAAAUAAAUGCCCAAAAGAUAACAGGCUGCUUCUCUCAAGAGUCAAGACUACAAGCGAUAUAUAUGAGAUUUCUGGUCAAUUACAUUGGUCCCCUUAAGUCUUAAGAGAAGUAUUGGCCUCGGGGUUCCGUCAUUUUUUGACCCUGGGCAUUGACAUGACAGCCCAAACAUAUCUUCUGCCAUCAGAUCACGCACCUGACUGUCUGCUGAAACGCCGCCAUUUGAUUUUUAUUUUUACGUUCCAUCUAUGCGGCUCUCCAUCAUCUUGUCGAUUACAGAACGUUUUACCUUCUUUCGUUGAUUAUCUGGAUCGGUCAGACCGUGGAAGGAUCUCCAACUUCUGUUUUUCCAUUGAUGUUGCUAUUUUUAUCCUCUUAUUGGUGUCGGCUCUCCGUAUGUUUACACUAAGCGCCAAAGAAGAGGAACAAAUAAAUAGCAAUCAUAAGUUGGAGAUACUUCUGGAAGAUCAAACUCACCGGAUAAUCAAGGAAAGAAGGUAAAUUGUCAUUGAUAUAAUUCUGAGACAGUACAUAUUAUCAAGAAUACAAUGAUCACUUGAUCCUUGAGUCUAAUUAUUAUAUAAUCAUCAGUCAUUUUUGGCAUUCAUAUUGGUAAAGUCUAGAGCUGUAGACCUAAUCCAAAAUUCUUUUUUGUUGGCUUAAAUAUGUAUAUGGCAGCUUCAGUCGUCCAAGCAGGUUGUAACCAGCAACAAGGGGAAGGAGAAAAUGAUUGAGUUACCAGCUAAAUGGACCGAUCUGUGGGAGUUGCCAUUGAGAUACAACAAUAAAGGGAUUACUAUAGGUUCCCCACCAAGACCCCCACCUCAAGUCCAUGAAAAUCCCAUGAUUUCCAAAUCUAAAGAUCAAUCAUCUACGGAUAUGAGGACAGGAAUCAAAAAACGAAACAGGAGAAAUAAGCAGCAAAAUAUUGCUGAACUUGAACCUUCUUGUUGGAACAGGAUUUGUCCACAAGAUGUGGUUGACGCUGGAAUACAUCUUAAUCCAGCUAAAAAGAAGCAUUAUGUUUGGUUCAGUUUAACUCCUUCCCGUGAUCAGAGCAGAAAGAACACUCUGCAACUCCUAGUGGAACCAUACAUACAAAUAAUCAUGGAGGAGAACUGUAAUCCAGAUGUGUCUAUUCUCAUGAAGUAUAUCGUGUUGCAACUUAAGCAUGUUUGCCAACAGGAGGUUGGUAUCUUCUUGAACGGGAAACUUCUUGCCCCUGAAAUGAAGCUACUUGAUGUAGUGAAGUAGUGGAUGGCUAUUGUUGAUUCGGAGAGGAAAAGAACAAAGAUAGGAAGUUCUGCCGAGAACUUCUGUGUGAAGUUGACUUAUGCUCGAAGAGAAUAGACAAAAGUAUGCAUUUAUAAUAAAAUCCGACAAAUGUUUGUUCCUUUAUUACGCCAUUUAACCGAUUGACUUUUAGAAUUUGUUGGUUAA